AUGCGCCUUUCAGUUAGCGAUAAGGAUGGGGAAUUCGUAGUCAUGUCACAGGCUCUUGAUCGGAAAAUAACAAAUCUUCACUUGGAAGAUGAAACGAUCUAUCGCCGCGUGACAGAGAAACAAUUUCUUAUGCAGUGCAAACGCUUGAAUCAUGUAUGGAUGUCUGUAGGAAAAUCCGCUGGUCUUGACGAACGAUUUGUAAGCCGCUUCAAGCUUGACAAACCGACCUGCCCUGUGUUCUAUAGCCUCAUCAAAACGCAUAAGCUUAACCUCGAUGAGAUGAACUCAACAUCAGCGGCAAUCCGGCCAAUAAUAAGUUAA